AUGUAUUAUUUGGAAUCAAAGUACGACCUUAAAGACCCCAGCAUUACAUUCAAGGCUUUUCAAGGACAUAUUUCUCAAGGAGGAACAUCUGUGACUAUCCUCACCGGAAAACCCUACCAUAAAACCUACCAAAGACAAAAAGAACUUGAGAAAAUAGACGACUUGUACCGAUCCCUGGAACCCGCAAGUGACGUCAUAACCGUGUACCUGACGGGUCCUCCCGGGUCUGGGAAGAGCCAGCUGUCACGGCAGUAUGGCGCGCAAUACGGUCAGCGAUCACAUCACGGGGAAGGAUGCGUUGUCGCCACAUUGCACGCUGAGACACCCGAAUCUCUAUUGGAAUCAUACAAGCAGCUAGUCAAAGAGCUAGGGCUAUGUAUCUCCGAUAAUACAGAUGAAGCCACGAGGGUGAAACUGAAAACCUAUUCACAAAGUGUGAAAGAGUAUUUACGCAAUACACCGACCCCACAAUGGCUUUUUAUUGUCGACAAUGUAGUCGCCUCCGAACCCUUGACGGAGUUUUGGCCCGGCCGGGAGUCCAGCUGGGGAGUGGGACGAGUCAUUGUUACUACCCAAGAUGCAGAGCUAGUGCCAAAGUCAUCUGAGUAUGCGCGCGAUUUGUCACUGGCCAGAGGAAUGGACGAACAGGAUGCGGUCGGUUUGAUGUAUCUUAUAGCAGACCUGGAAAUUGACGCAGACGCUAUCGAAGUCGCGCGUAAACUUGACUAUUACCCACUGUCCCUCGCGUGCGCUGCUGUUUUUAUCAAAGAGAUGCGCACCGAUAGACCAGUCGCAAAUUACCGCUGGACUAAUUACUUAUCAAACCUCAAUAAAUAUUUCGAUGAUUUGCACUAUCCUGAAUUCCAACAACACAACUUGUGCUACCCGCGGUCAAUGCUUCCAGCAGCAGUUUGUGCCGCCAAGCGCAUGGUAUCGAAUAACAGGUUCCUCGCCUCAGCCUUUGAGUUCCUCUCCCACUGCGCACUUCAGCCAAUCCCGUUAGAGGUUGUUGCUGAUCACGUGAUGCGUAUGUGUGAUGGCUGCCAGGUCCCGGAUGUGGUGAAGAGAGACAUUGCCAGAUGUUCCUUGCUGAUCUGCCCUCGUUCCGGUGCGCGUGGAAUUGAGGUCGUCACGAUGCAUCAGGUCAUGCGCACUGCGUUCACGCACCUAAGACUAGAGUCACGUGACUCGGAUAGUGUUGGCGGAUGCGGUGGGUGUGAGGAGAAAGAUGAGAAGUGCAGGGAGCAGAGAUCUUUUCUGGGAGCGCUGGAUACCAUGAACAUUUGCUAUCAAAGAUACAAGGUCAGCUUGGACGAGUAUGGCGUCUCCAUUCGUAUCCUACUAAGCCCCCAUCUGCAAGCGUGUAUAAGUACAGCCCUAAACCGCUCCGAAUACGAGGACACGGAGACAUUUGUCUUAAGCUCCGUCUACUUCGCUGACAGUCUAGUGCACGUCGCAGGCGCAACAGACACUCAGCGGGUGCAGAUAUUGGAGCAUGCGCAUGAUGUCAUGAGGCAACUAGGGCUCAGGUCACUCACGGCUUGCAGACUCCUAGGGGACCUGGGUUACACUUACCGAGAGGCAGGGCGUCUUGACAAGGUUACUCCUGUGCUUGAGGAGGCUAACACCAUAGCCGAGUUACAUAAAGGGUCGGAGUGGAUGAAGGAAAGGUCCCAUAUCUUAAACGUGCUUGGCUGGACCUACCGUGAAAUGUUCCAGUUGGACCUCGCCCAAGCGUACAUGGAGAUGAGCGUGGAGGUCACCAGUGAGGUGUACGGCAAGACCCACACUGAAGUCAUCGAGAGGCUCUGUAACCUUGGUAUCAUCCUUCACGACGCCUGGAAAAACGAGGAGGCCCUGGAGGCUCUGUGCAAAGCACGUGACCUUGUGGAGGCACUCGACAGCCAAUCACGAGGCGCCAUUCAUGCGCAGGUUAUGAACUACACUGCUAAAGUGUACCUCCGUUGGUUCUUAAGCCUCAUUCACACGGAGGGAAUGACGUCACGGGCCUCAGAAUACCUUGAGAAUUCCAAAGCGUUCCACGAAAAAGCGCUUGAAAUCUACGAACGACUGUACAGCAGAAAACACAAGUUUUACACUGGAACACUCAUGACUUACGCCAUAGCACUGCGCCACUCCGGUGACCUGGAACUAGCGCGUGCGCACUGCGCCUUUGCGCUUGAAAUUUAUCGCAGUUCUGGGCACUGUGCUUGGCCACGUGUUGCCACGUGGUUGGCUGAUGUAUAUCUUGCGAUGAAGGAGUUUCAAACGGCGAAGAUGAUUCUCCAUGAUGUGAUAAGAGAAGACGAGAGGUCUGGGACGAGUAUCAGCCCAGGCGCGUAUCACCCCCGUGCAUUAAUGGCCGAGGCGAUGGUUGAGACUGGGGAGAAGGUGGAAGGAGAACGGAUGCUUAAAGAGUGUUUAGCUGAAUGGCAGAAAAAGGGAUUUCACCCCGAACACUACUGGGUGACUAGAAGCCAUGCCUUCUUAAAAAGUAGACUUGGUAAAGGAUGAAUGGGAAACCAUUAAAAUCAAUUGAUCUCUCGAUGUCCACCAAAGUAUUGCCAUAACCUGCUAUACAUUACCAUGACGUGCCAUGGAUUGCCAUACUUUAAAUAUGGCACGCCAUGGCAUUGUAUUACCAUACACUGCCAUGGUGUGCCAUGAUUUGCCGUGGCUUGCCAUGGUCCACUAAAGUAUUGCCAUAACCUGUUAUACACCGCCAUUGGGUGCCAUGGCUUUCCAUAAUUUGAGUAUGGCAGUCAUGACUUGCCAUUGGCUACCGUGGACUGCCAUGACUUGCCAUUGGCUACCGUGGACUGCCAUGACUUGCUAUUGACUACCGUUGCGUGCUUGAUGUUGCAAUCUUUUUUAUUUCAUGAUGGUAUGUAAUUGGUGCUACAACCCACAUUAGUGACACAAGGAUGCAAUUUCUAUAUUCGUGACGGUUAUCAUUGACGAUUAACCUUUUAUUUACGCCUUCAAUUUACCAUAGAUUUAGAGCCUUGAACGUGCUGCUGUACAACUAAUAUGAAUUUGGGAAGCUCCUGCGCCUGUUAGUAUAAUAACAACACGCCAAGGCGUUCUGGCGCCUGUUUCGGUGAAUAAGAACCUCUCCGAAGAGACAACUCUCGCACUAAGCGUGACGCACUUUACAGACCCGUUGACGAAGGGGGUCAACAUUACCAGAGAAUUAAAGAAUGUCGAUCACCCACUCAUUUGUUAUUGAUUAUCAUUGAAAUUACCACGUUUUAUUCGCAAGGAAACUUCAAAAUAACAAUCUGCGAAUGAAGUCUAACAUGUUAUUGACUAUAUUUGAUAAAAAAUAUUUUGGUCACUUGCUUAAGAUUUUUUGAGUGACUCGCCAUUGAGCGGAGCAUAAAAUGGCGGCGUGAUUGGCCUUCCUUAACGACAACUGAUAAACUACCCGCAUGAGCAUUUAAUAUUAACAAAUUGUUUUGUUUGGAGCAAUUUACGGUAGUCAUUCAGCUUGUUUCUAUCACCAGACAGUUUCUUGUUUAUCCUUAUUUAUUCCCUUUUCUUUUGGUACCGAUAACUGAUGCAUUUUGCUAAUUUGUUAUUCAACAAGCGCGACUUGUCUUUGUGUUAUGGCUAAGUUUGCCCCACCCGAACUAAUAUCCAUUAAUUUUGGCUCGAUUUUAUGGAAAGAAUUUAUUUAGCUAUGCCUCUUUUACCUUUUUGUAUCUUUUAUAAAUCUAUUUAUUAUAAUUUAUUACUUAAUAUUGUUAAUUACCAGAAAGUAAUUUUGCCCGCCCAAAUUAAUAUUUGACUUUGGCUCAUGUUAUGGGGUAAUUUUGUUACCUAUGCCCGCCUCGUCUAGCUUAUUUGUAUUUUAUAUUGAGUUUGUUUGUUUUAAUUUGUUACUUUAAUUAAUUUACUUUAAUUAAUUUACUUUAAUUUAAAAAUUACCAGAGGGAUUUAUAAAGCACAAAGUUGAUCUGUGUAACAGAAGGGCUGUCAGAUGCCCCGCCCCUAGACCGUGAGAGCCUACCAAGCGUGUGACACCUAUUUCAUAAAAGGUUGCACUCGAGAAUCCAUGUGUCGUAACCCGCGGUGGUUCAUGGGUAGCGUAUAAACGGCUGAAACCUUGUACGUGAAAGCCGUGCGAAUGUUCAUAAGAACAUAAACAAGAAUUCUACAGCUUUUGAAACCUGGAUUUGUAUCUUAUUUAAUGUUAUUUGCUUAUUCACUGUUACCCAGGAAGCACUGAUGCGGGCUACAAUGAUACACCGAUUCUCAGCAUAAUAAAUAAUAAAGAAUUUUGAUUUACUAAA